CAUGAGCAAGGACGAAUCCACUCCACAGCUUUCUAACUAGUUUGUAUACAUGAAUGAGUAUUUGUCAAACAUUUACGGUUACAUAAAGACGAAAGGAGAAACCCUAACCCUAACGAAAGAAGAAAGUGUUUUGCUUGCUGGAUGUUUUUUUCUGAAGACGCUGCUGGCCAAUCGGACACCUGCAUGUGGAGGGUCUCAACCAACCAUGGAGGCCUGGCCAACAGUGGCCCGGGUCCUGCUGCUGGCACUCCUCGCUGAUUGGCCAAAAAAUGCCCAAUCACGUGAUUUUACAGUGAAAGACAUCAUCUUGCUCCAUCCAUCAUCAACACCUCAUCCUGGUGGAUUCAAAUGCUUCACAUGCAAAGACUCUGCAGAUAACUAUGAGUGUAACCGCUGGGCCCCAGACGUAUACUGUCCUCGAGAAACACGGUACUGCUACACACUCCACAUGAUGGACGUCCAGGGGGAUAGCGUGUCCGUGACCAAGCGCUGUGUGGCCCUGGAGGACUGUCUUUCCACCGGCUGCACAGACGUCAACAAUGACGGCUACCAGGUCUGCAUCUCUUGUUGCGAAGGAAAUAUUUGUAACCUGCAGUUGCCGAGAAACAAGACAGGUGCAGUAUUCUCCACCUCCUCCCCGCUCCGAAGUGCCACCCUGCAGCUUUCCAGCACCUGGCUGCUCAGUGGCUCUGUCGUUGCAAACCUCCUCAGCAUUACACUAGCCAGCCACACAUGACAAUGGAAAGGCUUCCAACGGUAGCCAUGAGCCUAGCAGGACAUGUGGGUGUAUGUAGAGGUCUGAGAUCUCGUAUUAUUAUCUCUUGGGUUGUGUAAUUUAUUUAAUGUUUACUGUACCGGAGCAGUAUUAAUUCAUAGAACCACACAUAGAUGAUGUCAUUGUUUAUUUCUUUUUAUACCCGUCAUGUUUUUAUUUGAUUUUUCCAGAGUUUACUAGGCUAUUGGCAAAGAAUGACCUUUAAAAGAGAAUAUAGUACCAGUAAAUACCAAACAGCUGAAUGUUAAUUAGGUUAGCUAAAACACAAUUCAAACUUAAAGGGACAUCAGUGGGUAAAGAAAUUUUUUCAUACUUGCAUGCUCUUUCUCAACUAUGUGCAGAAAUGAAAGUGUGGGAUUGGAUUCCAUCUUGAAAUUUGAUGUUCACAAGUCUGUUAUAGUACAUGUUUGUACUCUGCAGCGUGUACAUAGAAAGUAUUUAUUUUUAUAUUAAUUUUGUGGAUACAAUUUGUUACUUUGAACUAUUAUAUAGGUUGUAUAAUUAAUGUUUUUGAUGAAGUAGUAGAGAACUAAAACUAGUUUGUGGACAGAUACUAAGAGUUUUUUUUUGCUGUAUAUCUGUUUCGUCCAAUUAAAACAUUGGCUGGCACUGUU